UAGUCUAUUCGCAAAGCAUGCUGGUCUAUGUAGAAAAAAACUCACUUUUUGCAAACGCACUUUGUGCUUCACGAGAUUGCACUUUUUGCGUUACGACAUUGGACUUUUUGCACAACGACAUGUGACUAUUUGUCACACACGAUUGGAUGUUUAGGCUUGCGUCAUGGCACAUUAUGCAAAUCGCCAACAACAUCUGACUCUUGGCGUCACGACAUGAGACAAUUUGCUUCAAAACACCGCACAUUAUAUCUCAUAAUAUGGCACUUUUCCGCUUAUAACAUCGCACUUUUUGCGUGUAUGACUUAGAAUAUCGCUUUUAACAGGAGGAGGAGGAGGUCAUAUGGUCGCGACCACACGUCCGUCAUUACAGGAUAACCUAUAUAGUAAUAAAUGCGUGGUUGUGUGGACGUGACAAUAGGACAAUAGGACCAUAGGACCAUAGAACCUAAUAAUAUUCUAACAAGCACAACGUCUGUCUCACAAAGACGUGAACAUCUCUUCUUCAACCGCCUGUAUCUCUCAAAAGUUCACCAAGGUGUACAACUUACCUUUUCCACCUUGCGUUCAUUUAUACAAUGCCACUUAAGCAUGAACACCACCAAGAUGGCGGGCUGAUAUUCACGACUGGGGACCGAGUAUUGGAGGAGAAAGGCGUCGUGCUGUUUGGGAUGAGCCCUGGUAACCCAUACUACAAACAGCCUAUUAUUGAACAGUACGUCGAGUUUCUCGGCAAAGAGCCCAGGAAAAUAGUUGUAUUCGUUCCUCAGCAACCCUCAGUACAUACGUACAGAGCCAUGGGAUCUAAGGAUGCUGUGAAACGAGCGAAAAAACACGCCGAUUAUCUACGAGCACACUGCAAGAGAGCCAUUAAAAAGUUGUCUAAACUUCGCGAGCUCCCCGGUGACUUCCAUUUCGUGGACUGGCCGCGCGAGGUUGCCACGCACGUUGUGUACCAAGAGAAGCUGGAAGAGAUGACUCGGUUAUACCACACGCAUGCGCUCUUUCGACAGGACGCAGUAAGGGAGGUGGCGAGGGUGCUAGGCAAGACCCCCCGCGACGAGAUGUCAGACAAGGAGUCAGCGGAUUUUUAUCCCGAUCUUUAUAAUGACGACAGCAUUAGAGAAGCAGUGUUGUAUAUAAUCGAGGAGUUCGCCUACAUAUUAGCCAGCAAGGCUCUGUACGACGCAGACGAAGUAACCUUCAUCUAUCAUCGCUCAUGGCCCAUACUUGAGAAAUUAAUCAAUGGGGAAUAUGACGGCAAGCCAAGACAGGGAUAUGGUUUCUGUAUCAUCUGCUGAGCUUUCAAACAAGACGUGUUGGGAAUAACGAGGAGGCUUCUUUGCGGUGCAGAGUUAUGUCCGUCCCGCGUUUCCUACCCCCCUUUAAAGAGAUUGAGGCAGGAGGGGACAUUGGUAACAAAAGGAGUAAAUAAAGGUGGAACCUCAUUUGCUCAAGAUGACCUCAAGUUUCCUAGAUACGAUUUUUUAAUUGUAUAACUCAAACAUAGAAGAGGGUCACUUUGUUUCCUUUAUCAAUUUCUCUUUUUUUAGUCUGAAUUGAUUCCCAAAAAAUAACAAACAUGGCGGUCCACUAUUUUAAUCGUUUUAAAUGCUUUCUGACCAGUUUGCAGUAUUUCAACAAGUAUUUAUAUCUGUAUAAUUAAGGCAAAUAAAUGAAAAAAAAAACUAAACAAAA